UCUGCUGACCGAAGAAAGUGAAAAUAGGGUACUUCUUCAUAGGAACACGGCCUUCAUUCUCAUCGUUCUGUUGUUCAUAGUCACGGAACUCAUCCAAGCAUAACGGUGCAAAUAGACGGCCUCACGAAUGCACUAUGAUUCUUUAGCGUCACUAAUGAUUCUUCAGCAUCUUGUUAUCCGAGUCGGAGGUUGGGGCGUCUAGCGUAUUUAUUUAGAUAUCCAUGUAAUUCAAUCGCGUCAUCGCGAGCACGUUUCAAAAUCCAAGCGCCGUCGCUCUUGGAGCUUACCACAUCCAACCAGAAGAAGCCUAUCGCCUAAUAUAGUCGACGAAGAUGCAGCCGACGUACAGAGCGGUCACAAUAGUUGCUUGGGCGGGAUACCGAUUUUCUUUGGCGGGAUAGGAUUUUUUUAUACGUACGUACUUCUUCUCAUCAUCCUGUCAAAAGUGUAACGGAACGAUGGUUCAUAUGGAUCAUGGAUAUGGUCAUAUGGAUGAUGACACCUAGCAUCCGGUCGACCGUGGAACAGCGAAAUCCUUUUAUGUACAACCAAGCACCAAACACAAAGGAGAAGUGCUGACCUAAGCUGUGAGGAAGAUGCGAAAUCUUUUUCGAAGCAAACGGCAUCACGUCUGCCUUGCGCCGCCUUGCACAGAAAACAUGGAUCGCUUCCACAAUCCACAUCUGAUUCCAGCCAGACAGAGGCACCUUAAUGACACUGCGACCAUGAACUGGACAGCCUCCCUUAAUCGCACUUCGGUCUCUCAGUUUGCCCUCCACUAGACCCGUUUAAUUCCCGGGAUUCCCGUUUAAUUCCCGGAAUUCCCUGAAUGCUCUAUCUACCAUGGCAGGAAACGGAUAUCUGCAUAAAGUGCACUAUUUAAGCAGAUACCACUCACGUACGCCAGAGCGCCAUACGGACCGUUACGACGACUUCAUCGUCGACAUUGUUUGCGAUGAACAUGAAAGUUGCUUAUACCGUGGAUACGUUUGCGACGUCGUGGAAGGUGGGCUGAUGGUUAAACUGAAUUUUUGUAUCGAAAAGAAAUCAUUUUACGUGCCAUUUCGUCAAAUGCGACAAGUGCUGUACUGGAGAGACCCGAAAUCGGCGAGAAUGAACGUGGAAUACAAGCCCUUGUACAGCUGCCAGGUACGGAAGCAGAACACUGGUGUACCGCGCAUAUUUUGCAUGAUACACGAUUUCGAACGAUGAUUCUUGACAGCCCAGUUAGCUUGCGUUAUGUGGAGAGCUACUGGAGACUAGCGAAGAUUGUGGUUCCACUACCAAAUAACAGCAACAUCAUCGCCGUAAUCAACGAUGAACCUGCCUUGGUUUGUAAGCGCUUGCGACCUGCUUCUACGAACGCACCCUCCGUGAAUUGUCGAACAUUCCACAAGAGAACCAUUCCUCUACCGGAUGAUGUGGACCUCUCGUGUUUCUAUGAAAUCCAGUUUUGGAGAGUUUUCCCUACAGUUUGGCUGAAUUGCACUGCAACUAUGUUUGUCUGCUCUACGAAACGGGACGUAACUGUUGUGUGUAGAGGACACCCUUCUCCUUCUUUAAACACAAAAAUUGGCGAAUUCGCGUCACUGCAGGCGCAGAGAUAUUUCCGAGAGUUCAGCGAGCGUCUACACGGACCACACGGUGUCAUCACGGACUUGGUAAAUUCUAUGGUUCAGUCUGUUGCUGUGAAAGAAGAUGAAUCACGAGAAAACACUAAUGUCGCGUUGCAACAACUCCCCCAAGUUUUGCUGUCUGCUGUGCUGUCCUACACGACCAUUUAUGAUCGAUCCCUCUUUAGAAGGGUGUCCUGGAACUGGAAUAAUAUUUUAUCUACUGCGUUUGUUCAGAAAGAUAAUUCAGAUGAUGCAGAUAAUUCAGAUAAUUCAGUGUGCUCUAACCGGAUCCGUGCGCACAUUGUAUUUAGCUGGUCACUGGUGUUCCAGGUUAUUCCUGCUGCCGUUGAUUGCGCUUCUGAAAUACAGCCGAGUCAAGCUAAACUGGAUCGUUAUAGUUCAGGAACACCAUCACCGCGUGCACGAAAUUUCCACCCGGAGUCCGACUACUGGGACGACUCGAUUAUGCAGCUUCUCCAGCAAUGCGCGACGGUGUGUGACCAUAUCGUGUUCAAACACUGGAAACUGCAUUUUAAUCCGGCGCGAUUGCCGUCAUUUUGCCAACGGUCCUGUGUGCUUCCGCAAAUGAGAUUUAGCAGAGGACUAACCGUCCGUGUAGCCGCAUGGUCGUACUGCUUUUUCCGGGACGGUUCAGAAACAAACCUGGCAUCAUCGCUGAUUGAAGUGAUGGAUCAAAACUGUCCCAAUCCAAGUAAUACGAGCAUCUCCAAAAUUUUGUGGGCGUUCGAUCAGCUGAAAUUAUCCAAGGAUGACCUUUGGAAUUCACCACAAUGGACGGCGCUGUGCUCCUGCUUUGCGGAGUGGCGUUGUAAACCCCCGGCAUCUCCCGCUACUGCUUACGCGUUUGUGACCCAAACGGACAAAACCAGAGGAAGAAAUCUUAUACUGCAGACUAUGACCCUGUGGAGUAUACUGGACUGGAACAAUACGCUGGAUCCUGAAAUGUGUAUUGAGGCUUUUUACAACUGCUUUGGCAAGAAAGGCCCGUAAGGCCCAGGAUCCGGCGGCCUUUUCCACAACAAUAACAGCAGCCAUUGUUAACCGUAUCUCUAUACGGCUACUUCUGUGACCUUUACAGCAAGCAGCGCAACGAUUGUCAGUCGCUUAUUCACGGUAAUGUAUUCCGCCUAGUUGGUUAAGCGAGAAUGAUUACUACUUUUCCGCCAGAAGCUUACUGCCACAAAAUGGACCUCCUAGCCACGAGCCAAUGCAUACAGUUCACAAGAUUUCCAACGACAUUCCUCUCCGUUAUCACACUUUACAUACCACCCAGGACUAUCGAUACACUUCCUAUGACAGAAGAAAGUUAGCUAUGCAAUACCAUGAUCCACAAGUGCACGCGUCGGCCAGCGUCCACACGCGACUCGCGGCGCGUUGUUAGUGUUAUGCGGUUAGCAGGAUGCUGUGGAGUACUUCACGGGCAAAUUCCAUGCCGGCAACGUCCGUGUCGGAAAGUGGCGAUUUCUUCCUCGGCCGCCAACGACAGACGCAUGCUUCUCCUUCCGGCGUUGGCAGUUGAGAAAGUGUGCGCCACGAUCCCGGUCGUUUCUGCCGGAGUGGACCUAGGUGAAGUGGAGAGGCGGACUGUACAUGUUGGUGGCGUUCUGCGGCGCCGUUGCUGGGACAAGGUCAGUCAUAAUCGCGUGAAUACGUAACUGUAAAGUACGUACCGGGAAAAUAUCACAAUUUCCUUCUCGGGAAUUUCUAGAAUUCAGUCUCUGCACUCGCUUACUACAGCCUGCAUGAACUUGAUCAACCUUGUAAUACUCUCUUGCCCAAACAUUGUUCCCUUUCUUCCAUUCCUUUGUCA